AUGGGACUAGAGGUCUCUGUGUCACAUUCAGAGGAUGUAACCCACAGUAGCUCUGUAGAAGAGCCGCUGUUCUUAUACUCUCAGAGAUCCCACCCUCUGACUCAGACUAAGAUCCAACCCUCUGAGUUCAGCAUCCUGUUUGCUGACAUGAAGGGCUUCACUCUGCUCUCCAUGAAACUAAACGAGCUCUUUGGACGUUUUGACCAUCUAGCUGAGGAGCACCACUGCAUGAGGAUUAAGAUACUGGGCGACUGUUAUUACUGUGUGUCGGGUGUUCCAGAGCCCCAGCGUGCACACGCUCGCUACUGCGUAGAGAUGGGUCUGGCCAUGAUCAACACCAUCAGGUCUGUGAGGAAGCAUCUGAACCACGACAUGGACAUGCGUAUCGGGAUCCACUCAGGCUCCGUGCUGUGUGGCGUGCUGGGCCUGCAGAAGUGGCAGUUUGACGUGUGGUCCUGGGAUGUGGGCAUCGCUAACAUGCUGGAGGCAGGGGGAAUACCAGGGAGGAUCCACAUCUCCCGGGCAACGCUGGACAGCCUGGAGGGCAGCUACCAGACAGAGGAGGGGCACGGCCGAGAGAGGAACGAGUUCCUGCGGAAACACAACAUCGACACGUUCCUCAUCUGCCCCAAGGAGGAGGGGCCCACCACGGACAAACCAGAACCGCCCAAAACCCGCCAACCAAGCCGCACGUGGAACGCAGAGCUGCCGUUUGGGAACAUCAUCAACAUGAACUCUAUCCUGGCCUCUUUCACCAACGGCUCCCUUAAACAGCUUCCCAACUUGUCGACGCGGAAAUCGCCGUCCAAAGAGAUUAACAAGCGCAUCGAGCACGCCAUCCAGGUGCGGAGCAGCGAGCGCAUGCGCAAGGAGCACAUCACCCCGGUAACGCUCGUUUUCAAGGACACACACAUCGAGGACCAGUUUUCCCUGAUGAGAGACGAGAUGUUCAACUCCAACCUGGUCUGCUCCUUCAUCAUGGUCCUCUUCCUCAUGGCUGUCCAGGCCCUCAUCCCCGCCCCCAGGCAGUACCCUGCUGUGCUGCAGUUCUCAGUCUUCCUGCUGGCCUACCUGCUGCUGCUGGUUCUGGCUCUGGCUGAGGAGUUCAAGCAGGCUCCCUGGGCCCUGCAGCAGUUCUGCUGCUGGAUCCACGAGAACAACGCCCGCAACCUCCUCACUCUCAGCGCCAUCACCCUCAACUUCGCCAUGGUCUCCACCGACAUGGUGUGGUGUUCCCUGAGAGACCCUGUCACAGGGGACGAGGAGGGGCUCAACAGGAGCAGUCUGGACUCAACCAAUCAAUGGGCUCUCAGCACCUGCACCUUCCCUGAGUUCUUUGUGCAGAGCGGGGUGAUCGCCAUGGUGACGUGUGCAGUGUUUCUGCGUCUGAGCUCUGUGUUGAAGCUGGCAGUGCUCCUGCUCGUGGUGGCUGUGUACUCCUACUUCAUCCAGGUGGCCUUCCAUGUGCUGUCUGUCAGUCAGCCAGACCAGGGGGUGGUGCACAGGUCCCACUACCUCAGGAGAAAGGGCAUAUCCAUCCUCCUCAUGGCCAUGUUUGUUGUAGCUGUGUUCUACAGCGGACGGCAGUGGGAGGCCACGACAAGGCUGGACUUCCUGUGGCGCCUUCAAGCCCAACAGGAAGUGGAGGACAUGAGGGAGCUGCGCGAGCACAACGAGUGUCUGCUGCACAACAUCCUGCCUGCUCACGUGGCCCGCCACUUCCUGGAGCGGAACAGACACGAUGAGGAUCUGUACUCCCAGUCCUACGAGGAGGUGGGGGUUUUGUUUGCCUCUGUGGCGGGGUUCAAUGAAUACUACGAGCAGAAGGAGGUCAAACACGAGGGAGUGGACUCCCUGAGGCUGCUCAAUGAGAUCAUUGCAGGGUUCGAUGAGCUGCUGGAGGAGUCCUAUUUUCACUACAUAGAGAAAAUCAAGACUAUUGGCAGCUGCUACAUGGCAGCAUCAGGCCUGGCCCCAGAGAGACAGGGCCGUGUAAAUGACUGGAACCACCUGAGUGAGCUGAUCCUGUUUGCCUUAGCCAUGCAGGAGACACUGAGAGAGAUCAACAGAUUCUCCUCCAAAAACUUCCAGCUGCGAGUGGGUAUUGCCCACGGGCCUGUGGUUGCCGGGGUGAUCGGCGCCACCAAGCCGCAGUACGACAUCUGGGGGACCACGGUGAACCUGGCGAGCCGCAUGGACAGCACGGGGGUGAGCGGCCGUAUCCAGGUGCCCGAGGCCACACGCAGGAUCCUGGUGGACUGGGGCUUUGUGCUGGAGCUCCGGGGAGAGAUCUUCAUCAAAGGGGUGAGCGAGUGUCAGGGGAAGGUGCGCACCUACUUCAUCAACAGCAGCCGUGGCCAGAGGAUGAGCACUCUGGUGGGGCGCUCUGGAGGCCGCUCCGGGGGACGCAGCACGCUGGCGGCGGUGGUGUUCGGCCUGGUGCAGGCCAGGAACAAGGAGAAGCAGAGAGAGGCCAACGGGGGCUUCAGUCUAACCUCGUGCAAUGCUAAGAGCCCCUAGGGUCAAAGUUCAUGGAGUGAUGACUUCCUGUGGCAGAGUUGAGUCACUUCCUCUGAGUAGGGGUGCCGUGUUUCUUCUGGGAGAGAGGAUGGGUGGUUGACCUAGUCUGCUGCCACGUGAGGGAGUUAUGGUGUUUGUGUGAGAGAGAUGGACAUGGUGGGGAAGGAUUGUAUUCAGCAUGGAAAUAUUCUCACAGACACCACGAGAGAGGAAGCCUGUUUUAUAGUGCUUUUCUCAUAACACUUUGUCUGGAAGUUUCUCUGAAGGGAUAUCUCCUUUAGGCUUAAACAGACUUUGAACUGUCUCCUUCACAGAUUUCUCUUUUUCUACUGCCAUGUUUGUUCUGUUUUUGUUUUUUUAUUCAGUUGUGUACCCUGAUUUAGCCAACAUGUAUUUACUUUGUGAUACAACAAUCCUGCCGUUUACAUCCGCAGUACAUCAUAAGCCAUAGCAAGCCAUCAUUACAAAAAUACCUCACUAAUCUAACACUACUGUUUUACACAACUUUGUUACAUAGUUCUUGAGUGAGAUGGAUUGCUAUUUUAUCAUUUUUAUAAUAAUAUUUAUUGUCAGGUUGUGCUGUUUUAUCUUUGUAGCAGUAAUAGGAAGGCCCGUGUUAAUACUUUCAUUCAGAUCUACAUUAUCAUUUGCGGAAUACCUCACAAAUGUACCCAACUUUUAGACUUGAGACCCAACUUAUGUGUUCUAUUCCGUUACAUCUUGCAAAGUUUAAAUUAUAGUUAGUUCUGGAAUAUUGACAUUUCCAAAUCUAAAUUGUUCAAAUUAUUAUACUCCCCACCUUAUGGUGUUGGAUGGUAAUUCCCAUAUAUGACAGUGCUAAUGUACACAUUUUGAUCUUCGUUUAACAUGUCUUUACAUCAGUGUCAAACAUUUUGUGAACAAUUACAAUGUAGUCAUCUGUCUUUGCCUUUGGUAUAGCCUAUUUCAUUACGCUAGUCUUGAAUAACAUGACAUGUCUGUAACCAUAGGGAUUAAAACAGUUUGUAUCUGUUCUGUUUAUCCAUCUAUCUGUAGCCUUCUGACUCACUGCUCUGCACAGCAAAGCUGUUUUGCAAGGACACACCAGUUCAUACUGCUCUCCUAACACGUAAUUGCCAAAUAUACUAUUAUGUUCUUCAUGUUGUCAAUUACAUUAAUCUGUCCAUUAGUUAGUGUGAUGAAAUAUUACAGGAAAUAAGUACAAUGAGUCAGUUGUAUUGUUUAAAUGUCUGCUUUAUGACAGGGGAAAUAAGUUUAGUUGUCUAUACUUUAUUUACUAAAACAUUUUCAUAAUGAGAUCCCAGGUUUACACAGCACAGUAU